AUGGACCCUCGUGAAGCAGCACAAUAUGGAAAUGUUGAGAGACUCCAACAGUUACUUGAUAUUGGUACCAUAACCCCUGAUUGGACUGAUUCUGAUGAUUGUUCUCUUCUGCACUGGGCAGCCAUCAAUAAUCGACUUCGUGUAGCUGAGCUUUUACUUCGGCGACAGGCGAAUGUGAAUGCUGUCGGCGGUGUGCUUGCAUCCACGCCACUUCACUGGGCUGCCAGACAAGGUCAUGUUCAAAUGGUUGCAUUUCUGGUAACUAAUGGUGCUGAGAUGGAAAAAAGAGACGUUGAAGGUUUCACGCCAUUACACGUAGCGGCUCAGUUCGGUGCAACACCAGUAGUCGGCUAUUUAAUAGCUCGAGGGCAAUCUGUGGACGCUCCGGAUGAGUCUCGGAUAACACCAGCGAUGUGGGCGGCGGCCAAGUGUCUUCAAAUCGAUCCUCUCCAACUUUUGAUCACUCUGGGUGCCGACGUCAACAAAUCCGACGCAACCUAUCACAACACACCUCUUCAUUGGGCUGCUACCAAUGGGAAUUUUACUGCUGUGAAUACUCUUUUGAAAGCUGGAUGCGAUUUGGCUGCAAUGAAUCGCGACAACGAAACGGCUCUGGACAUCGCCGUUCGUCGUGGUGACAACGCACUCAUCUCUCGUAUGGAGUUGGCUGCUCGACAGAAAGGACUCAAGAAUUCCACCUGGCGUCAAAAAUUGACCGAGAGCAAGGUUUUUUUCGAUGUUGAUAUUUGGAAUGAGCAUUAUGACUGA